AUGAACAGUUUAAUUAUUUCCGCUUAUUUUGAUAACUGGAACUACUUAGGAGAGCUGUCAGUGGAAGAAUGCUGUGACAAGGGCGUUGAAUGGGCAAACAAAAACAGAAUGUGUGCUUCUCUGCCACCGAUAUCCGAGUCCAGAGAAUGCAGCAUGAGCCAGGAGCAGUGCUGCCGCAGCCAGCUGGAGAAGCAGGCCUGCUCCGACGGCCUGGAAUUCGCCAACGUGCGCGAGGAGUGCGACUCACAUGCUGCUGAAAAUUCCACCUGCGAGGCCCAGCGCUUCAAGACGUGCUGUUACUGUUGUUUGCUGGGAAAGGCUGCCCAAGUUCAAGGACAGAGUUGUGACCCCAACCCGAAGCUGGGACACCAGUGUGGAAUUGUCUUUAGAUCCUGCUGUGGGAAAGGUCCAGAAGGCAUUGAUCUGUCCAUCAGCGAUGAUGCUCCUAAAAACCAGCAAGUUGAGAUUUCAAAGGAGGAAUUAGACCAAGAAGAUCCUUAUCUGCAUGAUGGCUGCAGAGGUGGUGGGCCCUGCUCUCAGCAGUGCAGAGACACAGGAUCCAGUUACGUGUGCUCCUGCUUCGUGGGUUAUCAGCUGCAACCCGACGGGAUCACCUGUGAAGACAUUAAUGAGUGCAUCACUGGGACACACAGCUGUGGGCUUGGCCAGACCUGUGUCAACACCUUGGGAUCCUUCCGCUGCCAGCGGGACACCAGCUGUGGGACCGGCUACGAGCUGACAGAUGACAGUCGCUGCAAAGAUAUUGACGAGUGUGAGACUGGUACUCAUAACUGCCCCCCCGAUUUUAUCUGUCAGAAUACUCCAGGAUCCUUCCGUUGCCGACCCAAGCUACAGUGCAUGAGUGGCUUUAUACAAGAUGCGCUCGGCAACUGUAUCGAUAUCAACGAGUGCCUGAGCACCAACACGCCGUGCCCGGCUGGGCAGAUCUGUAUUAACACUGACGGCUCCUUCACCUGCCAGAGAAUCUCACCCAGCUGUGGCCGAGGGUACCACCUCAACGAGGAUGGGACAAGAUGUGUAGAUGUGGAUGAGUGCUCAUCCCCCAACCAGCCCUGUGGGGAGGGACACGUGUGUAUCAAUGCCCCGGGCAAUUACCGCUGCGAGUGCAAGGCUGGCUACACCUUUGAUGUCAUCAGCAGGACCUGCAUUGAUAUCAACGAAUGCAGACGCUACCCAGGCCGCCUCUGUGCUCACAAGUGUGAGAACACUCCUGGCUCCUACUACUGCACUUGCACCAUGGGAUUCAAACUUUCAGCUGACGGGAGAUCGUGUGAAGAUUUAAAUGAGUGUGAGAGCAACCCCUGCAGCCAGGAGUGUGCCAACGUGUACGGCUCCUACCAGUGUUACUGCCGCCGGGGCUUCCAGCUCAGCGACAUCGACGGCAUCUCCUGCGAAGACAUCGAUGAGUGUGCUCUGCCCACCGGAGGGCACAUCUGUUCCUUUCGGUGCAUCAACAUUCCUGGGAGCUUCCAGUGCACUUGUCCCUCCUCUGGCUACAGGCUGGCACCCAAUGCACGCAACUGCCAAGACAUCGAUGAGUGUGUUGCAGAAAGCCACAACUGCUCUUUCAACGAGACCUGCUUUAACAUCCAGGGCAGCUUCCGCUGCCUGUCCCUGGAAUGCCCGGAGAAUUACCGCAAGUCAGGAGACACUGUGAGGCUGGAGAAGACAGACACCAUCCGCUGCAUCAAGUCCUGCCGGCCAAACGAUGUCAACUGUGUGCUGGAUCCAGUCCACACCAUCUCCCACACUGUCAUUUCACUGCCCACCUUCAGGGAAUUCACAAGACCUGAAGAGAUCAUUUUCCUUCGUGCUGUCACACCCACGUAUCCGGCCAACCAGGCAGAUAUCAUAUUUGACAUUACAGAGGGAAAUUUAAGAGAUUCCUUUGACAUCAUCAAGCGUUACAUGGAUGGUAUGACAGUGGGUGUCGUUCGCCAGGUGAGGCCCAUCGUUGGCCCCUUCCAUGCCAUCCUGAAGCUGGAGAUGAACUACGUGAUGGGGGGGGUGGUGUCCCACCGCAACAUCGUCAACGUGCACAUCUUCGUGUCCGAGUACUGGUUCUGAGGGGGCCCUGCACCCCCAGGGCCAGGCCUGCAGCAGCACCACCAGCUACUAUGUCAUAUACUUGUUUGUAAAACCCAAUAGUGUUCUUCUGUUUGUUUGGUUUUUAAAUAUUUGGUUUAUAGUUUAAGACAAAUAGCAAGCUAUUGCGUUGGUUAGGCGUAGGGUGGAGCGGAUUAAGGGAGCCUGAUGUAGUUUGUCUGUAUAAAUAAG